AUGGCUGCUGCUGACUCGGUCAAGAAGCCGUCCGCCGGCGGCAAGGCGACGCCGCCGCCCAAGUCAUCCGACUCCGGCAUCAUGAAGAGGCUCCCGCGCCUCGCGUUCGUCUUCUUGCUGGCGCUGGUGUACCGGCAGCUCCAGGCGCCACCUCCCAAGAUCCCCGGAACGCCCGGCGGCCCUCCGGUGACGUCGCCGAGGAUCAGGCUCAAGGACGGCCGGCACCUGGCCUACCACGAAUCGGGCGUGCCCAGGGAGCAGGCCAGGUACAGGAUCAUCUUCAUGCACGGGGUCGACUCCUGCAGGUACGACGUGCUCCGGGUGUCGCCGGAGCUGGCCCGGGAGCUGGGCAUCUACCUGCUCUCCUUCGACCGGCCCGGGUACGGGGAGAGCGACCCGCACCCGGCUCGGACCGAGAAGAGCGUCGCCUUGGACAUUGAGCAGCUCGCCGACGCCCUGGAGCUCGGCCCCAGGUUCUACCUCACCGGCUUCUCCAUGGGCGGCGAGAUCAUGUGGAGCUGCCUCAAGUACAUCCCGCACAGGCUUUCGGGCGUAGCCAUCCUGGGCCCUGUGGGCAAUUUCUGGUGGUCCGGGUUCCCUGCGAACGUGACCCUGGACGCCUGGAACGUGCAGGUGGCGCAGGACAAGUGGGCCGUGGGCGUGGCGCACCACGCGCCCUGGCUCACCUACUGGUGGAACGCCCAGAAGCUGUUCCCGGCCUCCAGCGUCAUCGCCUUCAACCCGGCCAUCAUGUCCCGGGCCGACAUGGCACUCAUCCCCGCCUUCGCCUACAGAACCCACACCCACCAGGUGCGGCAGCAGGGGGAGUACGAGAGCCUGCACCGCGACAUGAUGGUCGGCUUCGGCAAGUGGAGCUGGAGCCCGCUGGAGCUGGAGGACCCGUUCCCGGGCGGCGAGGGCAAGGUGCACCUGUGGCACGGCGCCGAGGACCUCAUCGUGCCCGUGGGGCUGUCGAGGUACAUCGCCCAGAGCCUGCCGUGGGUGCGCUACCACGAGCUGCCCACGGCCGGACACCUCUUCCCCAUGGCAGAAGGGAUGGCCGACGUCAUCGUCAAGUCGCUGCUGCUCGGCGACGACUGA